CACUUCAUCAAGGUUGGAUUGGAAAUGCUCUCAUUGCACACAUGGCAGAUCUUCAAAGCGGCUCUUGUGAGCCAUGUAAACGAAAGAAAUGCAAAUGCGAUCGACAACUACCUGUUUGCGGUCACUGUACAACCUCUCAGACAGAGUGUAAGUAUGCAGAGAGUAAUAAGAGGGGUAUACCUGCUGGCUAUCUUGGUGCGCUCGAAGCGCGUUUAAAUGAGACUGAAGCGGCUCUCUACAAUGCACUUUGUGAACUUAGAAGGUUCAAUGGAGGGGGCUCUUUCAGCUACACAAAUGUGAUCCAGCCUCUUUCUUCGCAUCAGAAUAAUACGAGCAAAGCCUUGAGAAUGAAGAGCUGGAUACAAUGCCCAUUGCAAACCUCCAACGAUGUUGAAAAUUGGUGGAUAUCUUUCCAAGAAAAUCAGACUUCUUAUGAGCGAGACGACACGAGACCUGAACCAAAAACAAAAGACGAUUCGGCAACACACUGGCAUUCCCACUUAAAUUCGCAAGCACAAAAUUCCUUCACUGCGAGGGCAACAUCUAGACCAACACUAGAGUCCCCAGGCAACAUGCUCUAUGAUGUAUCAAAUCAGAGCCUUGAACCAUGUCUUCAACAAAGUCACACUCCACCACAGCUACCAGAUUCCAAUCAACCGAAAGUCCUGUCUGCUGCUACCUCUGGACAAUUUGGUUUCUUCGAUAUCCAAAGGCUUGCGACGAGGGAUGAAUCUAUUGGUGGCUCGACUUCAAGACCACAUGAGGAGGCAUCGAGUCAACAGAUUCGCGGGGAUAGCCAGCAUUUGACACGUUCACAGCAGCUGUCUGCAGAGAUGAGCCACAUCUACUAUUGAUGCCGGGCGAUUUCCACGUCACAAGGACAAUCGGUUGAUUAAGAUCUGCUCCUGUUGUUGCGAGCAGACAAAGACGAAGCUCAAUCAGUCUGAGACUCUCAGCUGCUGCCAGAAAUGGGCAUCACGUGAGCUCGGAUAAUGUGGCUCGACAUAAAAGAUUGUGGCCUUCUUCUACCUAUACUACCAAACUUUCUAAUACCGAUGUUGUCUGAUAGAAGGGUAGAUGUAAUGUCUUCAGCGCAAUGCCUUUGUUCAACUACUGUGCUGAACCAAGAUUAAUCAAAGUUUUCGGUCGUCUGUUUGGCUUGCCUGGGCGCUUACAUUUCUGGCAU